AUGAAAUUGCAGCCGCUGAUCUCGGUGGUCAUGCCGGAGGCGGCAGAUGCGGCCGCCCCUGGCCCCUGUGGCGGCGGCAAGCUUCGCGGCUGGGAGUUCUGGAGGGCCAUCGGCUCGCCCAGGUUCGUGGCCGCCCCGAUGGUGGACCAGUCCGAGCUGCCCUUCCGGAUGCUGUGCCGCCGGUACGGCACUCAGCUGGCCUACACUCCCAUGCUCCACUCGAGGCUUUUCCGCGACUCGGCCAAGUACAGGCAGGAGCACUUCACCACCUGCCCGGAGGACAGGCCGCUCUUCGCGCAGUUCUGCGGCGACGACCCCGAGACUUGA